CAUUGUACUGCGCAGUUGUUCCGCUUGGCUCGUUAUUACGUCACGGCGUGACUAUAGCCACUUGCAGUAGAAGUUCUGGGCAACGUCUCGGAAACGUCGUUGAUCGUUAAAUAUAUCUCGUAAAAAUUAGUUAAACCCGUGAGAUAUUUAUUAACAAAUGUAUGAAGCUUAUUAGACGUUAAACAAUAAUUUACCGUAACAGUGUGUAACUAAAGUUGUAGAUAUAUAAAUAAAUAUCGGUGAAUCCAGUGCGUAGCAGGCGUAAGCAAGGCGUAUCGUCCGUGAUCGUGUGGCGUUGGUCGGGUCUGAGUGUCACCAGCUAACAAUGUGAUGACAAAGUGUCGCUAGGAUGAAGUGAUCGUACUUUGGCAACCUCCAAAACUCAACUCCAAGGGCGUACGAGUGGAUUUACACUAGGUUAUCGGACAGCAGCAAGAUGAACUUCACGCCUUUUUCCGGGUUCACCACCGGGUCAUUGCCCACGGGGGCUGUUCACCAGUUCACCACAAAGUUCGCGCAAAAUAUCACUGCUGGAGGACAGGUGGUUGGUGUUUUGUCAGGAGGCGAGGGUGGUGUUCACUACUUGAGACCGGUUGAUCCAAAUGGAUUUACUGUUGCGACUCAGGGUGGAAACAAUCAACAGCAGCAAAUUAUAACACUACCUAUCACAGUACCUGGCAAAGAUGGUACUCAGCAGCAGCAGACCGUCCAAAUUCAAGUGGUAAAUCCAACAGUCACCCAGGGUGGCAAUAGCGCUGACCAGCCCAAGUAUCACAUCGCUCCGAUUUCCCUCAGCCAGUUCCCUCAAGGCGCUGCUACUGUUUUGACAGUCGCGUACAGUCAACAAGGCGCUGAUGGCUUACAAAUUCAAGUAUCGCCGCAAAAUACUGUCGCUACUACCCAAACAUCCGAACAAACUACACAGAGUACCUCGACGGUAGUAACGAGUACGGCGCAGCAGACUAUCCAGCAAGCAGUUCAACUACCAAAUACCCCCGAAGGUCUCACAGUUGUGGCUCAAAUUCCCCAAGAUUUAAUUUUACGAGAAGCUAUUGACUCAAAAGACGACAUUAAGGAGGGUACAACCCCGGUAGCUUUGAUAAAACGCGCCAAUGUUAAGAACCAAGGUAACCAGAGCGGGGAUGAGUAUAUCACGUCUAUGCCAGCAACAUGGCAGAGUUUAGCAGCACCAGGCUCUGCAGUGGCAGACUAUCUCUCCCGACUACCAACGAGCACUCUUCCGCUAAACUUGCACCAUUUUCUGAAGUUCUCUGCAGAGACGAUAAAACGUGAGUCGACUAUUGAGUCGAGUCCGCUCGGAGCUGACGGGCUUGAGGCGGGUAGCGCGGGCGCUGGUGACCAAACUGUACAAAUUACAGUUGCCAGUGGCGAGACUGAAAUAAUUCCUGAUGUUCCUGAAGAGCAGGAGUCUGGUACCAAGCCCAAGAGGAAGAAGAAGUACAAGAAGAAGCCACCCAAGCCCAAGAAGCCCAAGCCUGGCCAGGUCAGCAUCGUAACCGCUCUUGAUGGCACCACGCUCUUCUGUUGUCCGCAGUGCAACAUGGCGUAUCCCGAGAAGGAGCUGCUUGAACAGCAUCUAAUUGGUCACAAGAUUGAACGGAGAUUUAUCUGUGACAUCUGCGGCGCUGGAUUGAAGCGCAAGGAACAUCUGGAGCGCCACAAGUUGGGUCACAAUCCCGAUCGGCCGUUCAUCUGUUCUGUGUGCAUGAAAGGAUUCAAACGAAAAGAGCAUUUAAAUUUACACUUUGUUAUUCACUCUGGACAAAAGACAGAGGUUUGUACCGAGUGUGGAAAAGCUUUUUACCGCAAAGACCAUUUAAGGAAACACGCGAGAUCCCACUUGGCUAAACGAGCGAAGGAAGAUCCGCUUAAUACCGGUGACAAUACUCAGACUCAGCAGCAAAAUGAACAAUCCCCACAGAAUCAGCAGGUUGAUAUGCAGCAGCAGACCACGUUACCCGAGCUUCAACAAAUUCAAAUUCAGGUGGGCCAAGGGUCACAGGCUCAGAUUCACCAGAUCGCUGUCUCGGAACAGUCCACUGUUGUGUUACCCACUGCCGCUGAAACGGGAGCUAUGACAAUGCUGCAUCAUCAGCAACAGCAGCAACAGCAACAACAGCAACAGCAACAGCAACAGCAACAGCAACAAAAACAACAGCAUUAGCAGCAAUUGACCGCCCUGAGCGGGACUGGGCGGUAUUUUCGGUUCAAUCAUCAACGGGCUAGGGGAAAAGCCGCAUAAAAAGUUUUAUUACCCAGUAAUUUAUCGUGAGAAUAUACCAGAUAAUAUUUUACAAUAAUUAUUAUUACAUGAAGUUUUAAAUAUUAAAUCAACUAAUCCGUUUUCUCAUGUAUUAUAAAUAUUAAAUAAUUCAUUAAUAUUAAUUAUCAGUUAUUAAGAGUAGUGGGAUCUAUGAAUAUCGAAAAUGUGAAAAUAAUAUAAUUAUUUAAUUGCUAUUGACGGGGAAAUAUUUUGUCACAGUUUUUUGAGUUGCUUUCAGACACGUUUGCUAUCAAUAAACAGAGUGCGUAUUUACAGCUAUAAUAUUUGUAAUAUUAAUAUUAAUGAUGAUAAUAAUAAUAAUAACAUUAUAUUUUCGUAUUUAAAAGGGAAUUUAAUAUGACGGUGCACGUUAUAGUGUAUGAAAUUUGUAUUUGAAUUUUUGAUGACUUAAUUUUUUUCCUAUCAAAUUUUAUUGUUAUUUUGUCAAGGAUUUUUUCAUAAAUUUAUAGAUGUGUCUGAUUGCAUAUGUUAACGUGAUUUAUAUACGUAACCAAUGGGGAUAUCUUGAUAUUUUUUUUUUUUUACUACAAAUAUUGUAAAUAGACGAAAAAAACAUAAUAAUUGUUUAUUAUAAAUCAUUGCCUUGGGCCCAUGUAUCGAAAUGCACUUA